ACGAAAUUGAAUAGUGGCGGAUCUGUGAUACUCGACGCUUUUUAUGGUAGCCGUAUUGAAAUCACGCCGUUGACGACGUUUACCGACGAACAACCCACCGCAAGCAGACAACGGCUAAAGCCAAUGUGGCGAGUUGGUUAUUCGAGUUCGUAAAUUCAGUUUUUCAGUCAUUCUCGUUGGUUCGCUUGGUGCGGUUGGUUUUCGAAAUUUUCAUAACGGCAGCGGGUAUAGUGUAUCCACAAAAGAGAGCGUAGCAAAAAGUUACAAGCACAUACACAUAAGCAUGUAAAUUAAAAAAUUUUCAAAAACACUUUGCUUACUACUUAAAUCAGUUAAAUAAAAAUUAUUUCCAUAGUAAACAAAAAAAAUAGUAGUAACUAUUUGUUAUACAGUUUAAUAUGGGAUUUGGUAUAAUUUCAAAAAUCGCCCAAAAUGGCAUGACGCAGAAUUAGAAAUUCCGUUGCGGCAGAAUUUGCAUUUCGAUAGUUACUAAAGUUACGUCGUCGCUGUCGAUUUACUGCUCUCUUGUUGUUGCUGCCAAAAGCUACAGCUGUGAAUUGGAAUCCCUUAAAUCGGUUCGUCAGUAUACCGGUCUGUCGGUGGGGUGGAUGACAAUAGCUUUGUUCCGUACGAUUUGAAAUUAGAGGAAAGCGCCUUUCCACUACUACCGUGUUAUCAGAAAUCUUGCAUCGUUUACUUACAUUACAGCGCUUAUACACAGUUCUUGUUUGUGUUUGUUAAUUCAGUAUUGAAAUAUUUUAUCAAGAAAUUUAAAUUGAGAGCGUUCGUUUAACAUCGACCUACAGAACCUACCGCCAUUCGCUGCAGUACGUGCUUUUUUCAUUUGUUUACGCUCUCGCAAGUUUGUCAUCUGUACUCCCAUUACCGUUCUUAGCGACAGAGCAUUCGAAACGUUGAAGCGUAGGGAAGCAAAUAGUUGCAGAUUUGAAAUGAUGUUGCUGUGCCUCUCUCUUAUCGUUUUUCAGUCCGCGCCAACCAAACGCCUCGCUUUCGGGUGAUUAUUAAAACAGCUCAUAAAUGCUUAUGCCAAGACUACAAUAUCACCUUAACGGUUAUAAUCCAGACAUGAGCAUAACAUUAAGCAUGCAACACCAACAACAACACAUUAAUCAAUUAUUAAAUACGGCAGCGACCGCCACCGGCAUUGUAGGCGACGUGGAUGCCUUACUUACGCCCAUACAGAACACCAACACCAUGCCUCGAAAUCUCUGGCGCACCAAUGAAAUCAUGGAAAUGUUGAUUAUUAUGCAAGAAAUAAAAGCACUCGAAUUGCUUAGCGUUAAAACUAUAAAAAGCGAUCUAGUAUUUCGUAAAGUGGAGAGGAUAAUGAAUUUACGCGGCUUCCGAAAGAAAUCACAUGUACAAAUUUGGACCAAGUGGAAAUUUCUCAAAUCGACUUACACGACAUCUCGUCGCAAUGGCAUAAUACCGAAAAUGAUACCUCAACCGAUCUAUGAGGAAUUGCACAAAAUGCUGCAGAAUGCCAAUAGCAGCUGCUCAGGGCGUUCGACCAGUGACUGUGGAAACUCAACAACAUCACUCGAUGGUGACGAUUCAAAUGGCGCCAUAGCAAUUAAUUGUAGUAAUGGUAGUGAAAGCAAGUUGGUUAUAUCUGGAGUUGAAGGAGGCUAUAGUGUCGGGGGUAAAAGUUCAUUGGAUGGUCGUGUUGUUGGUCCCGAAUCAGACGAAGAGAAUGGUCUGGCACAUCCCAUAUUUGGUUUUCGUUUGGGACUUGUUAAGCAAGAACCGGCUGAUACAGGUUAUGAAUGCUUAAAUGUUAAGGAAAAGGAUUCAACUGCCAGCAUACAGUUCCAAACCGAAGUUAAACAGGAAGCAACAGAAGAGGACGAUGCACCGUCAGUAUCGACAUCACCGGCUCCGCAGGUACCAUCCGAAGAGCAGCCAAAACAUCAACAGCCUCAACGGCAAACUAUACCAGAAAUAAUGAUAUUAAGCCGACGCUCUACACGCCCUUCAACCACCAUCAACACAACCACUACCACAUCAACACCAAAUGUUACCAGUACCCCUAAAGCAAACAUAACUGCAUCCCAAACACAGCCGGAAGCUGCAAACACAUCAAGUUCAACGCCGUUACCUCCGCUACGCAUAGCUCGCUUCGCUAAGAUACCGUCCAGCGAGAUUACGACCGAUUCAAACGCGAAUUUGCCACCACCACCACUUACCAUGAAUCCAACAUCACAUACAUUACGGCUUAGUAGUGCCUAUAGUAGUGGCACAUAUGCUAUUAAUGGCAAAGGCAACUCCGGGAACAACGUUUUGACAUUUACACGGAAACUAGCCAAUAUGAAUCCACAGACAGUCACGAUAACAACUCCAGGACAUCAAACUUCCGUAAACCCUUACAUACGACAACCAGAAGUUGUAAUGCCCGACCUUAAUGUAGCACCAGUAGCGCCACAUGAACACCGAGCGCCGCAACCAUUUUACGGCUUCCCAGAUGGACCGUCAACCAGUCAGCAGGCACAGCAACAACAAGUUCAACAGAUCGAAGCACGAAAGCGACGUUUAAAGGCAUCACUCAUGAAUGCAUUGCCGCCAAAGCGUGUUAACCGCGCACCCGAAACGCUUACAAAGUCCACAUCGCGACAAGCAAAUUUGGAAUUUAAUAGUCAAUUCAACGACGAUGGACUUAAUGACAGCUCAAAUGAGGAAGACAAUUCUAUAUAUCAAACACAUCCGCAACAUGGGGGAGAUCAGCCUUCACCAGAUAAUACCGAGCGGAACCAAGGAUAUACGAAAGUAUUGCAAGAUAUGGCUAUUUCGUUACGUCAAAUGCAACGAGAGGCAAUCAACGAAUUUUUCAAGCGUCAAAUGAAACUAGCCCGUGAGGAACACGAAUUUCAAAUGCAUCAAGAUGCGCUGCUAAUGCAAGCAUUCAAGGAACAAGCUCACCAGUUUCAACAGAUGAGCAAAGAACUCUUGGGAAGCGCUGUAAAGUUGGAAAAGCGUAAAAAGAGGCUGGAUAAACAGGUCCAGAAACAGUUUACGAGUAAUAGAAAAGUACAUACACGACAAAUGCAAGCUCGUUCUGGGGAAAAUGUGAAGGUUCUACUCAACGGUGUAAACAAAGCAAAAAUAGAACAUAAAGGAGUAUUAGAGGAGAGUAAAAAAGACGUGAAAGUACUAAUGAGAAAUAUACACGCACAACUGGAGUUGACUGAGGACGACGAUGAGGACGACGAACAAAAUCAAUACGAGUAUGAUGUAAGCGAGUAUUUGCAAGAUAAUGCCACUCGUGGUAUGAUGCAAAAACCAAGUGAAGCGCAGGACACGCUAGAAGAAAUGAAAUGCGGUGAAAAAAAUAACAUUACUUCCGAUCCCAUACAAAUACUUGGCUAAUAGAAUUAAAAUAGGAGAGUUCAAAUAAAUUAAACAUUUAAUAAGGAUUUAAGAGAAAUGCACAUUCCAGCGUGAAAACGCUUGUACGUAUUCCCUAAAACAAAAAUGUUGCAGGUAAAAAGCUAUUUUCAAGACUUUGGUGCCUCGUAAUAUUUUUGUGCAUAACAUGUGAUCAAAUAGUAGAUUAAUGCAUUAAGUUCGAUAUGACUUCAAUUAAUUACUGUAUUUUCAUCGUAAACAAAAUAAUAUAAUCCAUUGCGCAACAUUCCAAAGCCGCACGAAGACUUGAUAAUAUAUAAGCAUAAAAUAAUUUAUGUUUAGAUGAACUUUAAUUUAAUUUGAAAUAGAUUAAAAUAAUGCUAUAUAUUCAAGCAUAUUUCAUUUGAAAUAUAUUUUCUGAAUGAUUCAAAAAUAUUUAUUUUAAAGUAAAGGUGUAAAUAAAUGAAACGAAAUUUAUGAAAAUUGUUAAACAAA